GACAUUUGAUCUUGAUGUUUAGCCCCCACUUGUCUGGACAACUGCUUGCUUUACGUCUUGGAAGAAGUGCACAACAACUGCAAAAAUUUCAUCCUGUUUCUACUACUACUUCUACUUUCACGACUCACUCCUGUAACCAUACCUUUCUGGAGAGCAACAGCAAAUUGGCGCCAAGAUUUCGUCCUUGCCCGCUUCAACAUCAAUCUCGGGCGAACGCGAAAACGAAAAGAAGCUUCAGCUAUAAAAAUCCCUGCGACUUUCAUCUUCACCGGGCGACUACACCUGUCACGCACAUUAGCAAGCGAACCUUUUUUACUUUUCACAGAUCUUCGAACAAGAGCAGCAAUUACACCACCGCACGGGAAGGCUCCUGGAGAGAAGAAACGAAUCGGCAACACCGACGCUUUUUCUCGUCCCUGUUCCAUCCCACCAUGGCGUACUGCUGCCCAGCGUGCGACGGGACCAACGAGCGGCCGCAGCUGUUGCGGCCGUUAAAAAUACCGGAUAUCCCGGAUUCUGACGACGAGGACGCGAACGCGACCAGAGCGCUGGAAACCAUCAAGCGCGAGCUCCGGGAGCUGAAGCAGGCCGCGGGUACGGUGCACAGCCAGCAGUUUCAGCAGAUCGAUGAGCUGAAGACUUGCCAGUACCACAUGGUGGAAAAGGUGGUCGGCGGACUCAAAGUCGGCGAUAAAACCAGCCCGAAAAGCUUAUCGAAAACACUCCGGCUAAACCCCUGCUUGGACGAGAAACAGAAACAGAAAAUUCUCCCAGGCCAGGACGAAGGCCCGUGGCAGGUUUCCUUCUACGUCACUGUGCCCGAGCGGAAGGAACCCGAGGUCUGUGACGAGGAGGGAGGGAACCCCAAAGAUGGAGCAGCAGCCGAGCCGUCUGCUGCAACGGGGUACCGGAUCGACAAGCAGACGCUGAAACAAAUCUCCUUGCCGAAGAUGAAGCGGCAAUUCGGGAUCGAGAAAUCCCCCUUCGAAAACCAAACCUUCGUGGUGGAUUUACGGUUUAACAGCACGUACCCAGAAUUACCCCCCUGCGUUUCGUUCCGCUCGACGGUCCACCACCCGUUUUUGCAGACCGAGGGGCAGGUGAUGCCGUUGCUGUUCUACCAAUCGCUGCAGCAAAUGCCGGUGGUGACGGACAGGGAUAAAGACGGAGAUACCAGCAUGGAACCGGGCAUCUACACGUUACCGAACAUUCUGAAAGGCGUGUCGAAAUUCCUCGAAGACGGCAUGGGCCAGCCGAGCUUCUGGAAGAUGUUGGACAGCUACCCGGAGCACAUGCAGUUCGUGACCAACAUCAACAAAUACACCCCGUACAGAAAGAACUCCAAGUUCUUCACCAUAAAAGCCGGAGACGACCUGCCCGAGGAGUGGCUAGACGAGCGGUUCAAAAAGUGGAGGGACGCCGGGUAUCCGAUGGAAGAUCUUCCGGGUGUUGAUUCCGUCAAUAAAACGCUGAUCACCACCCACAAACCGGACAUCUAUUCCUUUCCGAUGUUUACCAUGGAAUUCUGCGACGAGCUGGUGAAAGAGGUGCGGUCCAUUUACCAGUCGGGGAUCGAGGUGCAGAGGCCGAACAGCAUGAACCGGUACGGGGUAAUUCUGAAUUACAUUGGCAUGGAGGGCCUCAUGUCGGCCAUCCAGCGGCUGAUCCAGCAAACCGAGAUUGCGGUGAAGAAGUUCGGCAGCGUCGGCAGUUCGUGGGACGCGCAUCACAGCUUCAUUGUGCAGUACGCCCCCGGCAAGGAUCUGGGGCUGGACAUGCACACGGACGACUCUGACGUCACCUGCAACAUUUUAUGCAUUGCAGAAGUAUCGCACUACUGCUAGUAUUAAAUUGCAUUACUACGUACAACAUCAAACUUUUUCAAGAGAAAAAGCUUCAAUUCGUAUUGCUGCUUUGCCUGAGAAGCCAUAUCUUUCUGCUAUGCAGGAUUGGAAUUAGUACGAGUGCGAUACUUUUGCAGAGGAUGCGUCUGCCUCGGCAUUGACUUCGAGGGCUCACAGGUGGCGUUCUGCGGGAAGAUGGGGGCGAGGGACCACCGGAAAGAGCUGUACAUCUACGAGCAGCGGAAGGGGCACUGCCUGAUCCACUUGGGGCGACAGCGGCACGGUGCGGUGGACAUCAAGAAAGGUGAGCGGAUGAACUUAAUCAUUUGGAACCGGUCGCGGUUGUACCGAGAAACAGACGAGUACCGGGAGCAGCGCUUCGUUAAAGAGGAGGGCAAACCGGACGAGGUGUGUCUCAGCUACACGCACGACCGGGAUUACGGCGUGUUUAAACGCUAUCCAAACGGUUUCGAGAAGUUCAAGGGCCGAGGGUGGUGUCCCCCGAGAAUGGCCGAGUAUGACGGGUUUGUAGCGGAGAAUUGAUAGAUAGUAUCCCUUCUCCUGUUGGGGAAGAAGAAGAAAAAUUUACGAGCAAUCUGAUCUUUGACGGAGAGUUUUAUGUUUAUCGUGGCAGUUCAGGAGAUUGAUCAUGAUGAGAGAAGGUGUGGCGCAUACGUACGUAGGUCUGUACUAUGUACAGGUUUAGAGCCAGCGCAGCUGAAGCCCUACUGUGUUGGACUUCCGGCUGGCCACUGGAUUGUCCUUCAUAGGCCGCCGAGAGAUUCGCUCGCCUCGCUCGAUUUUUUUCUCCAUCCUUCUCUUUUUGCUUUUCUUUUCCAAAAAACUAUGCAUGUAGGAAUCGCACAUGACAAGACGGGCGUCCGUCGCGGCCGGAUCUCCCAGGGUUUCAGGGUUUAGGUUCGUUUAGGGUUCCUAUUUGAGUUUA